GUGAUCCCUAGUCGUGAGGUCCACCCAGCUCCCAUACCACACCACCCCUCUCCCUCCUCCUUCUCUACUUCGCCAUGUCUGCGCCCAACCCCAAGGCCUUCCCGCUGGCCGACGCCGCGCUCACGAACCAGAUCCUCGACCUCGUGCAGCAGGCCGCGCACUACAAGCAGCUCAAGAAGGGCGCCAACGAGGCCACCAAGACGCUCAACCGCGGCAUUGCCGAGUUCAUCGUCAUGGUCGCCGACGUCGAGCCGAUUGAGAUCGUGCUGCACCUGCCGCUGCUGUGCGAGGACAAGAACGUGCCGUACGUCUUUGUGCCCUCCAAGACCGCCCUCGGCCGCGCGUGCGGCGUCUCGCGCCCCGUCGUCGCCUGCUCCGUCACCACCAACGAGGCGCGCGAGCUGCAGAGCCAGAUCCAGUCCGUCAAGCAGGCUAUCGAGCGUCUUCUCAUCUAAUUCAGCGUUACGCUUCGCCCGGCGCGCCAUGCACGCUCCAUGCUUCGCCGCUGAGCGGCUUGUAUUCUUUCCGCGGGCAAAAGCAAUGCCAGGGCUCUUUUCACCUUGCACCGUG